AUGACUCUAUCAGUCGACCACAUCGACGUCGACCCAGACAUCAUCCCUGCUCGUGUCAACAUUCAUCACCUCCAGCUCCGCGAUCUCCUCCAGCACACCGGCAUCAAAGACAAGGUCCUCUUUGUGAGCCGUCUGCAGGUGGAGCAGGCCGAUUUCACAACGCUCAAGGCGCCAUCUACCUACUGCACACUCGAUUUCCAACCCAACUGCCUCACUACUGGUUGCGGCCUUCUCGCUGCAGGUGGUCAGCACGGCGAGCUGGCCUUACGUCCACUUCACUCUCCCUCAUCUUCCGCCACCAGCUCGCAUCUCGACUCUUCCUUUGCAGACAGGCCACCCGCGCCUUGGCUUUUACGCACGCCCACUGGAGGCUCCAUCAACAAUGCCAUCACCAUCCAGCACGAUCUCAAUCAUCCUUCUAGCACUUCCCGCUACUCGUCCUCACACGCCGCUGCCUCUGCUUCCACAUCCCCUUCCAAGCCGGAUCUCGUAGAUACCUGCCCCGAGCAGUCUUACUCCCCUUGGGCCAGAGACGAGCCUUCGUCCUUUGCCUCUUCCUCCAAUGUCGCCAGACCCGGCUUGCUCUUUGGCGACCACGAAAUGGAAGCGGAACUCUCCCAGAGUGUCUUUGACGAGCUCGCUGCUGCCUAUGGCUUUGAUCCAAGUUCGGUCCACCGCAGCUCGAGAUGGCGUCGCUCACCACCAGCACCUGCAGCCACCAGCAGCAAUCCUACUGUUCCAGAGCAGAUCGUGGCCCCAAUCAAAGUGAUGGUCUCCAACAACGACCAGUCUAUCAAGCUCUACAAGCUUCGUCCACCCAAAUCCACCCCAGGAGCAGGAGGUCGUAUCGAGUCCGGUCUGCCAGGUCUCUCUCGCAACACCACGUUACAUUUCUCUACAGCCAUCAAUCACUCCUCUUUGUCGCCCGACCAGCGUACCCUCAUAUCUGUGGGGGAUACGCCCGAGGUGUUCAUCCAUACCGUCUCUCGCUCUGGCGAGCACGUCAAGCUGGCCACCUACACUGCCUCCAGCGAUGCGUGUUUUUCCACCACCUGGUCUCCGGACGGCUCCAAAUUUGCGGUCGCAAGUCAAGAUGGCGUCGUUUCGGUAUGGGAUGUACGAAGCAGCCGGCGGUUGGCGGCGGUAAGCACGAGUCAGGCUAGUGCAGGCAGUGGAGCAGCCCGCGUCGCCAAGUUCUCACCAUGCGGCCGCUUCCUGGCGUUCACCGAACAUCGCAACUUUUGGAACGUCACCGAUACUGUUACAUUUCAAGAGACGCAGAGCAUCCCGGCUCCCGUCGCUCCAACCGCGAUAGAGCGCAGUGCCGCCGCCGAUACGAGCAGUGGCAGCGUCAGUGCCAGUGCCAGCAGCGUGAUAGGAAGCGAGGGCUGGCUCGAGAGACGGCUCGCUGCCGACGAACGCUUCCGCCUGGUCACGGGGGGCGAAGAAGCUAUUGCGCGCGAUCGAGAGCGCCGCAGCAUGAUCCACGCUACGUUCAUGCGCGAGUGGAAUCGGGCUAUCAACCUCGUCGACCGUGUGUCGGAAAGCAGCGAUAAUUCGGCGAGGUCGACGUAUGUGCCCGACUGGCGCACCAACCCUACCUCGACCACGCCCACCGCUUCGAUCGCUAGACGCCAGGAUCUGCUUACCGCCGCGUUGGCCCAGUCGCCUUCUUCGGCGCGCUCCGAGACGACACACGUGCUCGCGCACUCGCACUCGCACUCGCACUCGGUCAACAUCAGCGGUCUCUGCUGGGACCCGGAUGCCGAGCACAUCUACGUCUCGACCGAGCGCGUGGUGGCCAAGUACAACGUUAACGAUACCCGCCUGGCUGUGUCCAACGCUGGUCUGCUCUAG